UGUCUGCUUUGCGACAACGCAGCGGAGGGCUCCCUCAGAAACCCGGGGGUUAGGAGCGGCGCGCGGUGAUGACGUUUCGGGUGCGCCUCUGCUGCUGCCCAUGAUAGCGAUAGGCCGUAUUCAGUGGGCGGGGCCACGACUAGAACGCGGAAGUGGCUAUGGCUAGGCAGGCCAAUCAGCAAACGCGGUGUUUGCAUAUAGUGGCGUCGCAGUUGGGGAUUGGAAGCUGAUCUGAGGGAAAGGGGACUACCUUGCAAGAUUGUUGUGAGCUCCUCACAAGAAGAGAAAGGCUCUACUCGCAGAGCUUGGAAAUAGUUGCUUUGAGUGUGUUUACACUGUAGAAAUAAUGCAGUUUGACAACAGUUUUAACCGCCAUGGCUCCAUCUGAGAGAAUCCUGGGACUUGUAGUUUUCGAGGCUCCAGGAGCUCGCUGGAGAAGGCUAAAAGGCCUUGCAAAACUACAGUUCCCAGGAUUCCAUGGGAUGGAGAUGGCGAACUUCAGAGGGGUGUCAAACUGCAUUACUGUAUUUAGAUGGUUCAAAGGAUGACUUUUCUAAAGCUGCUCAAUGAAGCAGCAGCAGAGGAAGAAACUUCAUCCUAUGCCCAAUAUUAAUUGCUGUUAUUAAGCUUUGUUUAUAUAGCGCAGUAAAUUUACACACAGCGCUGUAAGUGCCAUCGAUCAAAACAGGCAAAACAAACCUGCCAAUGGCAUACAUUCUGCGAGAAUAAUGAAAUAUAAUACAUAUCCGUACAUGUUAACACUCAGUAAAAUAUGGCAGACAACAAAUCAGAACAACGGCUGCAUCCAGACUGGAGAAAUCACCCAGUUGGGUGUCGCUUUCACUCUUUUCUGGCUCAAGGCUAUGGAAUUCUGGGAGUUGGAGCAGAGCAUUGGAGAAUACUUGCUCAUAGGGAAUCAUUGGGAAACACUUGUCCACAUGGCAAGUAUUCUUCAGUGAUUUUCUAUGGGCAAGUCUGGUUUCUCUAUGAGCAACUACUCUGCAGUCAUUCCCUAUGGGCAAGUACUGUCAUUUGUUUCAGUAUGUCCCAUACUGAGCCAGGGAAGUUAAAGCGAACUCAAACUGGAUUGUUUCUGCAGUGUGUUUUGGGCCUAACGCUACCCCUUGUGCUUGGUUCUAGUGGUUUCAGAGAGUCCACCCAAGAGGCAUCACUUCCCUCCAGCAAUGGCUCUGCUCCAAGCCACCGGAAGGGAGAGUUCCCAUGGGAUAAUAAGGAUUUCCGGUACCUGCUGGUCAUGGGGGCUGGCGUUGCCUCUGGCUUCCUGUAUUUCUACUGGCGAGACCCAGGCAGAGAGAUCAACUGGAAGCACUUUGUGCAAUACUAUCUGGCCAGAGGAGUGGUAGAGCGGCUGGAAGUGGUGAACAAGGAGUUUGUGCGAGUGUUCCCAGUCUCUGGUGUCACCUCAGAGAAGUACGUCUGGUUCAACAUUGGCAGUGUGGAUACCUUUGAGCGAAACCUGGAGGCUGCCCAACAGGAACUGGGGAUCGACAUGGCCCACCAGGUCUCAGUGGUGUACAGCACCGAGAGCGAUGGCUCCUUCCUGGUGAGCAUGGUGCCCACCUUGCUCCUGGUUGGCUUCCUGCUCUUCUCUCUGAGACGGGGGCCCAUGGGAAGCGGGCGCAGGGGACGAGGACCAGGAGGGAUCUUCAGCGUGGCAGAGACCACGGCAAAGAUCACAAAGGGCAACAUUGAGGUGCAGUUCAAGGAUGUGGCUGGCUGCGAGGAAGCCAAGCUGGAGAUCAUGGAGUUUGUCAACUUCCUGAAGAACCCCAAGCAGUACCAGGAGCUUGGGGCCAAGAUCCCAAAGGGUGCAAUGCUGACAGGCCCCCCGGGCACCGGCAAAACUCUCUUGGCCAAAGCAACUGCCGGAGAAGCCAACGUCCCUUUCAUUACCGUGAAUGGCUCAGAGUUCCUGGAGAUGUUUGUUGGAGUUGGACCAGCAAGGGUGAGGGACAUGUUUGCUUUGGCCCGGAAGAAUGCCCCCUGCAUCCUUUUCAUUGAUGAGAUCGAUGCCGUUGGGAGGAAACGAAGCCAUGGACAGUUUGGGGGCCAAAAUGAGCAGGAAAACACCCUCAACCAGCUUCUGGUGGAGAUGGAUGGGUUCAACAGCAGUACAAAUGUGGUGGUUCUCGCAGGCACCAACCGGCCUGACGUCUUGGACCCAGCAUUGAUGCGACCGGGGCGCUUUGAUCGGCAGAUUUAUAUUGGCCCACCGGACAUCAAAGGCAGAGCAUCAAUCUUCAAAGUCCACCUCCGACCUCUCAGACUAGAAAUUGAUAUCAGCAGAGACUCUCUGGCAAGGAAGAUGGCUGCCCGGACCCCAGGAUUCACAGGGGCCGAUAUUGCCAACGUGUGCAACGAAGCUGCCCUCAUUGCUGCGCGACACGCCAGCCCCACCGUGAAUGAGAAGCACUUUGAACAGGCCAUUGAGAGGGUCAUUGGGGGGCUUGAAAAGAAGACUCAAAUCCUGCAGCCAAAUGAGAAGACAAUUGUGGCUUACCAUGAGGCAGGACACGCUGUGGUCGGGUGGUUCUUGGAGCAUGCAGACCCCUUGCUCAAGGUCUCCAUCAUCCCUCGAGGAAAGGGCUUGGGGUAUGCGCAGUACCUUCCCCGGGAGCAGUUCCUCUACACCCGGGAGCAGCUCUUUGACAGGAUGUGCAUGAUGUUGGGAGGGCGUGUGGCCGAGCAGCUGUUCUUCGGGCGGAUCACCACCGGUGCCCAGGACGAUCUCCAGAAGGUGACCCAGAGCGCCUACGCCCAGGUUGUGCAGUUUGGGAUGAGUGACAAGCUGGGCCAGCUCUCCUUUGACCUCCCGCAGCCAGGCAACCUUGCUCCCGAAAAGCCCUACAGCGAAGCCACGGCUGAGCUGAUCGAUGAGGAGGUCCGGGCCUUGAUCACCACAGCCCACCAGAAGACCCAGGCCCUGCUGACACGUUGCCGGGACCAAGUGGAGAAGGUCGGAAAGCGUCUCCUGGAGAAGGAAGUGCUGGAGAAAGCAGACAUGGUGGAGCUGCUUGGCCCAAGGCCCUUUGCAGAGAAAUCCACCUAUGAGGAGUUUGUGGAGGGCACCGGGAGCUUAGAGGAAGACACCUCCCUCCCUGAAGGACUGAAGGACUGGAACCUGGAGCAGAAGGAGGAAGAAGAGGCAGAGGAAGAGGGCCAAGGACAGAGGAGCCAGGAGAAGGCUUUGUAGUGGAAAAAAUACCAACACACGCUUUAUUGGUGUGGAGCACCAGGUGUAUUUUCUGUAGACAUCAGCCUCAGGUGAAAUGUCUCUCUCCCUGGGAGCCUUGAUAGGAUGAUGUUUCCAUGGGAUCAGAAGUCAGGCAGGCCUUUGCCACAGAACCAUGGGACCAGAUUGCUUCCUUCUGAGCUGUCGGGUGUCUUUUUCACCAAGCGGCAAUCUGAAGGCCUUUGUUUGCAAGCCUCUUUUGGUGAUGGGAUGAAGGACAGGCAGUGGAGAGCAGAGAAAAGCAGGUGCCGUUCCCUGUAACAGAUGGCAGACACCAUCUGAAGCAGUGGCCUCCCCAAACCUGGUUUUCUGAUCUUGUAUUGUGAUCCUGUACUCUGGGAAGAUGAUCCAGCCUGAAGAAGCCAUCUUCUUUCCUGCCAACCACUCCUCUUCUGGGACUGUGGGUUGCCUUAUGCUGCUCAGUGCCUUUACUGCGGCUACUUUGGCUUUCUCUUCCCACUGGUCUGCCUGACUGCCUUCCUACUGUGCCUACAGUCCAAAGGGUUCAAGAGAAGGCCCUGCUGAAGCCAAACCAAAGAAAAGGAGUGAGCAAGAUCUUUAAGAAUUGUGGGGAUUUUCUCUUUGGUGGCAGUAGUGACUCUGAGGGGUAUCUUCUUUUGGUGGAUGCAGAUGGGAAGAGGACCCCAUUGGACAAGGGCUGUCUCAAACAUGGUGCUAGGUGAAAUGGUGCUACUAGAAUCCUUUACUCCCUUCCUCUUCUUGACGUGAUAUGGCCCAGAGGAUCCUGGGAGCAGGAGAUUGCAGCAUAGCCAGUCACACUGCAUCAGCAGACUUUCUCUUGGCUCAUUCCCACACAGUGAUUUCUUGCGUCUGAACACCUUCCCUGCAACUGGGGCUUUGUGUCCCAAGAGCAGGCCAGGAAAUGAACGACAAAUGCUUUUGAACCCCAUAUCCAGUGUGUACUGAAAUCUAGCUGAGCUCUUUGGGAUGCCUUUGAGCCUGACUUUCUGCUGAUUUUUGCCUUGAAAAUGCCAGCCAGGAUGUGGUGCUGAUGCAUGUCCAGCACUUUCCCCCCCUUAGAUCAACUCCUCACCCCCCUCAUUGACCUCAGGAUCAUCUGUCUUUGGGUCAAUGGUAUAAUUCAAUUUUAAGACAAACCUAAGGAGAUCUUCAACCAGGAGGUGAAGACACCGUGGCCCAUUUCCUCAGAUGCUGGUUUUCAGCACUCCUUACGGGUCCACACUCCUCACUCAUCUACCAAAGAACUUAGACAUUCCUACCAGUAGCAUUUGCUGUUGUUAUGUGCUGUCAAGUCAGUUUCGGCUUACAGCAACCCUUUGAAUGAGAGACCUCCAAGAGCCCCAGUCUGAUCUUGCAAAGUCAGGGAGCCUUGAUGGAAUCAAUCCAACUGUUAUGUUGUGACCAUUCUGCCCAGGAUUCUUCCCAAGGGCAUUACGACUAUUAGUAUUUAUCCUUCCAGUGCCCACAGGGUAGAGCUUGUCCUGAACUUAGCAAAGCCUAUCCCAUCCCCACAGCCCAUGAAAUACGUGCAUUGACCUGUCCCUCCCUUUGUCCCAUUCCUGUUCUGACAUUACAUAGAAUCGUAAUGGUAAGGGCCAUCCACUCCACCAUUAAAACUGUCCUGAGAGAUGUCUAUCCAGCCUCUGUUUAAAGACCUCAAAGGAGAGUCUCCAAGAAAGUUCUUGCUAAUGUUUAGCUGAAAUCUCUUUUCUUGCCAUUUGGAAGCAUUGGCUCAUGUUCUAAUAUCUGGAGCAGCAGAAAACAAGUUUUGCCACCUUCCAGUCUUCUUUUCUCAAACUAAACAUACACAGUUCUCUGUGCCCUUUCUUAUAGGACCUGUUUUCUCGAUCCUUUGCCAUCUUGGUUGCCCCCACCACCUUACUUACUUGGAUUGCGGCCCUUCUGAGGCAUCUGACCUGCAAAAUCUCCAAAUUGCUUCUGGAAAGUGACUCUUCAGGAACAACAUCUACUGACUCAGCUGCAUUCUGGUGGCCUUUUGAAAGUCAUACCUUGCUGCAUUCAAAGACCAAAUGGAGUCCUGGACCCUUUUGUUUUCCUUUCCAGAAGGCAACACCUGCUGAGGAGGAGGUGUUCACCCCAGUUCCUCCACCUUGGGUAUCCUACAAAGAAUUGUAGUACCCAUUUCCAUAUGGUUUGUUCUCACAUAGCCAGAGGCUCCUAUACUUCAAUGACUUCUCAGUGACCAUUGUGGGAACUGAAUGCUGGCUUAGAGGACCUCUUUGGAGAAAUCCAAAUUCAGGGCUCUUUGUGUUUUUGGUCUGUGCUGGAAAUAUCUUCUGCAACUAUGCCUAACGUUGUUAUAUCUUACAAGGCAGAAUUUGGUCUUAUUGCUGCACCUCUUAGUAGAAUUUAGCAGCUGGUUUUUUGGACAAAGCUAUUGCAACUCUUUUGAUACUCCUAUGCAUCCUAUUCUUUCAUCUCCCCCUUGGCGUGUGUGCGCCUUCAAAUUGCCAGUUGAUUUACAGCGGCCCCAUGAAUUGCACAGGGUUUUCUUAAGCAAGUGAUACUCAGAGGUGGUUUUGCCAGUUCCUUCCUCUGAAACGGAGCCUAUAGCACCUGGUAUUGGCAAUCUCCCAUCCAGGGCUGGCCUAGAUUAGCUUCCAAGAUCAGACUUGCAAGCAUGUAGUAGAUGGCUCUUCUAUUUUGUCCCCCCAUGUUAGGAAGAGAGGAAUCUACUGCCAGGUUAGUGCUCUUUUUCUGUGUCUCACACAGGGCUUUCUCCCUUCCUUUUUAAAAAAUUGUACACCUACAGAUUUAGUCUCGUACAAUAGUAUGAAAACCUAGCCUGUUCUUAAAAUGUCCAUAGCAUUCAAACAGCCUUCACCCACCCACCCCCCCCAAAGUGAACCUCAUUGUUUGCAGGAAGAGGAAGUGUCUCUCUUUGGUACAUAGAUUGCAUAAAUUCUGAAGGUCUGUGUAGAGGACAAUAUCCAACAAAAUGUUAAGUGCUCCUAAUAUUAAGGGAAGGUACUGGGGUGGAUAUGGCAACUUUAUAUCUGGAAUAGCAAUGGAGGGGGGCAUAUCAACUUUACCUGUAUUUGGGGUAGUGGUGUGGAGGUGACACCCCAACUUUACCUACAUCUGGGUUAAACUGAGAGACAUGUCAGGACCAAAAGAAUUAAAGGAGACCUCCAGGUGAGGAUUAUCUUGCUAAACCAAACCUAGUUGGAUGGAGUUCAACCUCAUCAUUACCAGUGGGAAGCAAAGCUCCUCCUUGUUUGGAAACGGGGGGGAAAGGCACAUUGUGGACUGCAGUUUCUAGGUAGAACUACUGGGACCCAACUGUGCUGUGGAUUCCUGCCUUGGCAGGCAUUCAUUCUAUGCAAAGACAAAGGAAAGGAAUUUGUCAGCCUUGGAAAUGUCACAGCAUUUAUUUGUUGCUUUUAAAACUCCUAUUUUCUUGUG